CGCUUCGAUCCCGCCAGUCAAUCAAUCGAGUUACAAACCCGACUUGAGUGCUACAAAGUGUCAAAACAAGUGAAAAAAAUGCAGAAAAUAUCCCUGUUGUGCCUCCUUGGCGCAAUAGCGAUUUCAUCCCCAAUACCCAUCGACCCAUCCGAAUACGAAAUCAUCGAACUCGUACCCAUCUCCACCAACGAGCGACCCACAAGAUCGCUCAAAACCGAUUUUGGAACCCCCUUAACCGGAAUGGAACGCAUCACCCGAUCGCUCAAAACCGAGGACGGUUUUCCUUUAACCGGAAUGGAAAAAAUCACAAAACGGUCCCUGGACUUGGACCGGGAGAGGCGACAAAUUUUCCUCCCGGGCUUCGCCCGCCAUCGCCAGGCCCGCUCGCUUGAUGAGGAGGAUCUAGACAGGGAGAAACGCCAGAUUUUCCUCCCGGCUUUCGCCAGGCACCGGCAAGCAAGGUCCGUUUUUCUUCCCUCGUUUUCUAAAAGUCGACGGGCGAGGUCCGUGGAUGCCCUGACGGAUAUCUUGGACAGUAACGAUGUUUUCAAGCGGGAGAGACGCCACGUUUUCCUCCCGACUUUUGCACAAAGGAGGCAAGGCAGGUCUUUGAGGGAUGAGGAAAAUGAGGACAUGGACACGGCCGAAACCGCUGUUUUUCUGCCAGCGUUCGCGCGCAGAGGCUAAUUUUUAAUUUAGUAAUUGUAAAAUGUAUUGUUUCUAUAGCAUUAGAAAGCAAUAAAAGUAUUGUAGCGCAUUUUGUAUUUGUACAAACCUGAACGAUAAGAGACUGUAUUUUUUUAGUCAAAAUAUACUAUUUUAAAUUAUAUGUUGCGUUUCUGUUUUAUCGCUAAUAGACAAAGUAUUGAAAGUGGGUGAGUAAUAUUAGAUAAAAUGUUAUGAAAUGUAGUGCAAUGUUUUAUAAUCUUCUAAACCAUAAAAUGUUUAGGGUUAUCACUUCGAUGUGUUUAAAAAAUCAUAAUAAUUAUAACAAUAUUUGUUUACUGUAUUGGUGGUUGCCUAUGCAUUUAAAUAACACGUUUUCUUUUUACAAUGGAAUACAACAAGAGCUUUAUUUAUCUCUUAUCUAUUAAAUAUUUCUCAUCAAUCCCCUUAGACAUACGUAAGGUUUUUUAUUUUACUGUACAUAGCAUAAUACACGUAACACUUUAAUCCUAAGUUCAGUUCUACAAAAUUCAUAUCAGUGAAUAGUUCUAAGAUCUUCUGUAUUAUGUGUGGUGGCAUUUACAAGUUUGUGCGUUUGCCGACCCAUGGAGAGUCCCACACGACCCAGAAGGUACAUCAGCGAACUGGAACCACCCAGAGGAGAAGUAAUACAAGACACACUGAAAUACCCAGACCACACGUUCAUCUUCGUGCCCUUUUUCUCAGUCCGGAGGUACUACGAAUACAAACGAAGAUUGGUCUAGAAAAAUUAGCCACGUGUUGCAAUCGCAAAGACUGAUUGACUGUAUUUAUUUGUCUUGUAAUAAAUUAUUUUUUGU